GAUGGUGCUGCUCGGGAUCUGUGUGGCUGUGGCCGUGUUUUUGGAGGCCGUCUCGGCUGCUUCUCUGGGUGUGGUUUCCACGGAGGGCGGCUUGGUGGAGGGGGAAAACAUCCGCCUGGCCUACCAAAGGCACAUGGAUAUUUUCAAGGGAAUUCCCUUCGCUGACACCCCCGGACGCUUUGAGAAACCCAGACGCCAUCCAGGCUGGGAUGGUGUGUUGAAAGCUCAAGACUACAAACCUCGCUGCCUUCAGUUGAAUAUGCUCAUGACAGACACCAGAGGCUCUGAGGACUGCCUCUACCUCAACAUCUGGGUCCCUCACCGCGCAGAAGUCUCCUCCAACCUGCCUGUGAUGGUGUGGAUCUAUGGAGGGGCCUUCCUGGUGGGGGGCUCCAUGGGGGCCAAUUUCCUGGACAACUACCUGUACGAUGGACAGGAGAUCGCAGACAGGGGGGAUGUCAUUGUGGUGACUCUGGGAUAUCGUGUGGGACCCCUGGGCUUCCUGAGCACCGGACAGUCUGAUCUCCCUGGAAACUACGGCCUGUGGGACCAGCAGGCUGCCAUCGCCUGGGUGCACAGGAACAUCCGCUCGUUCGGAGGAGACCCCAACAACAUCACCCUCUUUGGAGAGUCUGCAGGGGGCGCUAGUGUCAGCUUCCAGACCCUGACUCCACACAACAAGGGCCUGAUCCGUAGAGCCAUCUCUCAGAGCGGAGUGUCCCUGUGUCCCUGGGGUGUCAUCAAGAACCCACGCAAGGUUGCUGAGGAGGUGGCUCUGAAGGUGAACUGUCCAACUGACAGCAGGAUGGCGGCCUGUCUCAAGAUGACUGACCCUGUGGCCAUCACCAUGGCUGGGACCCUCAACAUUCAAAGCUCCCCUUCCCAGCCUGUGGUGGAUAACCUGGUUCUGUCUGCGGUGGUGGAUGGAGACUUCCUGCCAGACCACCCCUCAAAUCUGUUCCACAACGCUGCUGAGAUCGACUACAUCGCCGGGGUCAAUGACAUGGACGGACACAUCUUCACUGCACUGGACAUCCCCUCGAUCAACUCCAUGCUGGUGGAUACGCCCAUUGAAGACCUGAAGACACUGCUGGGCUCAUACACCAAAGACAAAGGUAAGGCUGGCAUGGAGACAGCUUUCUCCACCUACUCCGCCAGCUGGGGCACCAGUCCGAACCGCGAGACCAUCAAGAAGGCCGCCGUGGCCAUCGGGACAGACUACAUCUUCCUGGUGCCCACUCAGGCUGCUCUGUACCUCCACGCCCAACAUUCCACAACUGGCCGCACAUAUUCGUACCUGUUCUCUGAGCCGAGCCGCAUGGGGGGACUGAUCACGCCCUACCCCGACUGGAUGGGAGCAGACCAUGCGGACGACCUGCAGUACGUGUUUGGGAAGCCCUUCUCCACUCCUCUGGGGUACUGGCCCAAGCACAGGGACCUGUCCAAAUACAUCAUCGCAUACUGGACCAACUUCGCCAAAACUGGAGAUCCAAACCAGGGUGGCUCGGCGGUCCCUGUUGCUUGGCCGGAGUUCCAGAGUGGUGGAGACAAGUUCCUAGAGAUCCGCAACGACAUGGGCCAGGGCUUUGUCCACCAGAAUAUGAGAAUGCGCUUUGUGACCUUCUGGACCAGUGUGCUGCCCAGUCUGCCCACCAUUACUAAGUCUGAAUAAAACUGAUCUACCCAUCUAUACACCAUAUUCACCAAUAAACAGU